GCUUUGGAGCUGGAUUUUGAUGCGCAGGGUGUUCUGUGUUUUGUGGACUUGGCGGUCAAUUUCACCCCUUGCAAGGGGGGUUGGCCCGUGAUGAAGCUCCUUCCUGGUGCUGCCGAGGAGGGCAGAAAGCUUUCGAGUACAGCAGAGAUGCGGCCGCGGGGCCGCUUUAUGAAUUGGUCCGGGCGCUUUUCUUCUGAGGACGAGGACGAGAAGGCCUGGUGGGAACAGGUGCGGGAUGACGAUGUGCAGGCUGCGCAGCAGGAGGACAUGGAGGCUGGGCAGAGAUCCCCGUUCUCCUGGUCACAUGACCAGCCUGAGGAUUCAAUUUCGUUCCCAGAUGGUAUUGCCUGGGACCAGGAUCUCGAAGGUGUUUCGGAGCCGGCUGCAGUCGCGGCGCCCGCAGACGAUGGUGGCGAUGCGAACAGUUCUGCAGCUGAAGGUGCCUCUAGCUCCUCGGAGAGCGAUGGCAGCGGUGCUGGGCCUAGGUGCCAGCCAAUCGAGGGCUCGGAUGACCUGUUUGAGUCAUUGAAGCAGAAUGGUGUGCAGUCGCUUAGGCAACUGGCUUUUGCAAUCGGAAGCCCGCAAGUUCCCCCUACGGAAGAGGCUCUGAAAGAGUUGACGGGGAAACUUUAUGGUUGCUCGGAAGCAGUUCCCCCUACGGUGGGGCAGAUCGCAAACAUUCGCAUGCUAAUCUUCGAAGCGUCGACAUUGGUCGUCGCCCAGCUUCGAGCCCAGGCCACUGCAGAUGACACUGAUCUCACAGGUCGCAAGCUUCCACAUGUGGAGAAGCAG